AUGCUGGUGGGUGACUCGGGGGUCGGCAAAACCUGCUUGCUGGUGCGGUUCAAAGACGGUGCUUUCCUCGCCGGCAGCUUCAUUUCCACAGUUGGAAUCGACUUCAGGAAUAAGGUGCUGACGGUGGAUGGGGUGAAGGUGAAGUUGCAGAUCUGGGACACGGCCGGGCAGGAGCGCUUCCGCAGUGUCACCCAUGCCUACUACCGGGAUGCCCACGCCCUGCUCCUGCUCUACGAUGUCACCAACAAAGCAUCAUUUGACAACAUCCAGGCUUGGCUGACAGAGAUUCAUGAAUACGCGCAGCAAGACGUGGUCCUCAUGUUACUGGGAAACAAGGUGGAUUCAGCGCAGGACAGAGUAGUGAAAAGGGAAGAUGGAGAAAAAUUAGCCAAGGAGUACGGCGUGCCCUUUAUGGAGACCAGCGCAAAAAGCGGCCUCAAUGUUGAAUUAGCGUUCACAGCCAUUGCAAAGGAACUGAAGCACAGGUCCAUGAAGCUGCCCAACGAGCCCAAAUUCAAGCUCCACGACUACGUGAAGAAGGAAGUGAGAGGCUCGGGCUGCUGCAGGUCCUAA